AUGGCGACUGCCGCACCAAUCGAGUCAGUUCAAUGUUUCGGCCGGAAGAAAACUGCUGUAGCAGUCACCCACUGCAAGCGAGGCCGCGGCCUCAUCAAGAUCAAUGGCUGCCCAAUCGAACUCAUCGAACCGGAGAUCCUCCGAUUCAAGGCUUACGAGCCAAUCCUCCUCCUAGGACGACAGCGUUUUGCUGGCGUCGACAUGAGGAUCAGAGUGAAGGGUGGAGGUCAUACUUCGCAGAUUUACGCGAUAAGACAGAGCAUAGCGAAGGCUCUUGUUGCAUUCUAUCAAAAGUAUGUUGAUGAACAAAGCAAGAAAGAGAUUAAAGAUAUCCUGGUUAGGUAUGAUAGGACUUUGCUUGUGGCUGAUCCAAGAAGGUGCGAGCCUAAGAAGUUUGGUGGACGUGGUGCACGUGCUAGGUUCCAGAAGAGUUACCGUUGA